AUGAAUCCGUCAGAGGCAACGAUUCUAUCACGUGGAAAAGAAUAUUCAUCAAACUCAUAUCGAAUAAUCUUUCAUUUGGGUGUUUCGGAUUGCAUUCAAUUGAUUGUACAAUUUGGACCAUCAAUUUGGCACGUUAUGGGCAGAAGUGACUUUCAUAUUGUUGGCAAUAAGUAUUUCGGCUCGAUACUCAACGCUGCAUGGGCAUCGUACGUGAUGAUAACGCUCCUGCUAGCAGUCAAUCGCCUAAUCACAGUUCUCGGUGGUGCAAAAGCAGAUGAAUUCUUCUUGAGUCGGCAUACAGGCUAUUUGAUAGCGAUAUGCUGGAUUUGGGGUUUCAUCUUUCUUAUCGCUUACGCAACACCACAUCUGCAUUUCAAGUACCGUGCCGCUUCGAUGAUUUGGGAUUACACGGGUGACGAACGAUUACACAGCAUCAUUCGCAAAAUUUCGAUAUAUUCGGUGAUUGUUGAGAUUUCGCUCACAACGUUUUCCUAUAUUGUGAUAUGCACUUAUCUGUGUUAUGUUUCACAUUGUGACAAAAAGAAAUGGAUACAAAAUCAGAAACGAAAGGGUGGACGUCGCACGCGAGAACUUCGCAUUCUUGUGCAGGCAAUUCUCAUAGCUGGUUUUGCGCUCUUUGUGCUAGUCUAUUGGAAUUUCUAUUGGAUUCUCUUUUCGACUACCCGAUGGAUAUUGUAUAGUGCUAAUUUGAUGUGGAUUGUGAACGGUGGCGUGAAUCCAGCUAUAUAUUUAGCUUUGAACAGGUCAGUCAACUGCAAGCAUGCAAUCGUUUUUGUUGCAUCAUCCAAAACUCGAGCCCUUUCAAGAGCGCAGUGA